UGUAGUGGAGAGGCAGCGUCAUAAAGUUACCAUGCUAAGGCCGUCACAACAUUUACACCGUCACAACCUGCCUGUCUCCCUGACUUACACUGCUCAUACCUAGUCUCAAGCAUUUCCAGUAAAUAUUUGUUUAGACUGACAUUCACUGUGUGUGAAUGACAUGUUGAUUCAAUGUUUCGGUUAGCCGCCUCCUUCUUACCAGACCGAGCUAUCCAGUCUCUCACUGCUGCAUAUUUCCGAGCCAGCGCUUGGUACAACAUUGGUGGGGAUAAAUUUCACAGUUCUCAGUCAUCUGUUGAUCACACUACAAUGAAAAUUAAAAUUUUACCAGCACUCUCCGAUAACUACAUGUACCUGUUGAUGGAUGAACAUAGCAAGGAAGCAGCUAUAGUUGACCCUGUAGAACCCAAGACUGUGUUAGCAGCUGUUGAAGAAGCUGGAGCUACCCUUACUACAGUUCUCACAACUCACCACCACUGGGAUCAUGCUGGAGGAAAUAAGGAAUUGGUUGAGCUAUUUGGGAAACCUCUCAAGGUAGUAGGUGGUGAUGACCGUAUUGGUGCACUCACCCAGAAAGUGAGUCACGGUGAUUCCUUCACUGUUGGCUCCCUAAAGAUUGAGUGCCUUUUCACACCAUGUCACACUCAGGGACACAUUUGUUAUAACAUUACUUCUGAUGACCCACAACACAAACCUGCAGUAUUCACAGGAGAUACUCUGUUCCUUGGAGGAUGUGGCAAGUUUUUUGAGGGUAAUGCUGCCGAGAUGCAUAAAGCUUUGAUUGAGAUACUUGGCACUUUACCUGACCACACAUAUGUUUACUGUGGACAUGAGUAUGCCCUGCAAAAUCUUAAGUUCGGUUCACAUGUAGAACCAAAUAAUGCUGCAAUACUUGAGAAAAAAGCUUGGGUUCAGAAACGACGUGAUGAGGGCCUACCAUCUGUCCCUUCUACUAUAGGAGAAGAGAAGCAGAUUAAUCCCUUCAUGAGAGUAGCAGAAGCUUCAGUCCAGCAACACGCUAACACUUCUGACCCAGUAGCAACCAUGGCUGCCAUUAGAGCAGAAAAAGAUAACUGGAAGCCACCUAAGCUUUAACGAAGAGAUGUUGCUUCUCUGCUGGCAGUGGUAAAUUGUAGUUUGCCAGCUCUGUUGUGAAUAUUUUACUCAUAAGGAAUUUAGAUUAUUAUAAUCAUAAGCAAGUGCAAUAUGCCAUUUUAUUGAAAGCAGCUUUUUCAUGGUUUCUCAGUUCUGCUAUUUGGCUCUUGGCUUUCUAAUUUGUAAUAUUUUAUAUUGAUCACUUCAGAGUAAUAUGGGUGCACUUGCCUGCAAGUUAGUUGCCUCUUUUGUAAAGCUUCAACACCCUUAAAUAUUAGUUAAGAAUAUUGUUAGUUUGGUCGUUAAGUUGAACAAGAUUGUAUCGUUUCUGGAGAAACACUAAAGCCAUAGGGGGGUCAUAAAGUAAGUGGGGAAAUGGCUAACAGAUUUGAUCUGAAGAAGUGGAGAGUAAUUCCAGUUCUCUGGAUCAAGUGCUCUUGGCAAUUUGCCCUACAAGGGAAAUGCCUUAAUGAAAGAGUAGGUUACACUCUAUAAACCCUUCAGAUUCAUAAAACAAAUUACUUGCAAUGUAGAUUGGUUAAACUAGUGUUGGAAUAAUUUAUAACACUUCUGCUAGCCAAGGAGUUGCAGGCACUUAGUAUCUUAAAAUGAUUUAGUAGUCAGUCUGCAAUUUUCAGUUAUUUACAUAACCCCCACAUUGUUGUAUGACCCUUAUGGGUUUAGUGCUUAAUUAUAAUGACCUAACCUCUCAAGGAAGGUUCCUUGAUGCCAAUGAGAAGCAUAUGCUCCAAGAAACUGGAUAACCUUCCCUUCCCUGGACUGAACCUGAUUACUUUCCAUGCCCCCCAGGUGCUGAAUGUUUAGUGCUCCCCCAUGAAUGUAUAAAUAUUUACAUAAUGUUUUGAGUACUGGAAUUAGUUUUAAGAUUUUAUGCUAGUGAUGUCAGACCUGGUUGUAUCUAUGGAAUUAAAUGAAAUAAAAUAC